UCCGCGCGCCCGCCCUCCCGCCCGCGGGUUUGGGUCGGCGGCGCGCCGCUCGCUGAGCAUCUUUCCGGCCGCGCACCUGCCCCGCGCACCUGCAGCCAGCUGCUCGGCGCCCGGUGCUGCGCUCACCAUCUACUUGCUCCGGCGGGUCCCGGCCCUGCCUGCGUGUCCGCCCCGUGCCGCAGCCCGGCCCGGGCGCAGCGCUGCGGAGGGCGAGGGCCGCCCGGAGCGCGGCCCGGGCCGGCGCGGCGAUGAUGAACAGAUUCCGAAAGUGGCUGUACAAACCCAAGAGGUCAGACCCGCAGCUGCUGGCCCAGUUCUACUAUGCCGACGAGGAGCUGAACCAGGUGGCUGCAGAGCUGGACAGCCUGGAUGGGCGGAAGGAGCCCCAGCGGUGCACACUGCUCGUCAGCCAGUUCCGCUCCUGCCAGGACAAUGUGUUAAACAUCAUUAAUCAGAUCAUGGAAGAGUGCAUCCCUCAGGACCGUGCCCCUCGGGAUUUCUGCGUCAAGUUCCCAGAGGAGAUCCGCCACGACAACUUGGCUGGCCAGCUGUGGUUCGGGGCUGAGUGCCUGGCAGCUGGCUCCAUCAUCAUGAAUCGUGAGCUCGAGAGCAUGGCCAUGCGGCCACUGGCCAAGGAGCUGACGCGCAGCCUGGAGGAUGUGCGGGGCACUCUCCGUGACCAGGCACUCCGAGACCUCAACACUUACACGGAGAAGAUGCGGGAGGCCCUGAGGCACUUUGAUGUUCUCUUUGCUGAGUUCGAGCUGAGCUAUGUCUCAGCCAUGGUGCCAGUGAAGUCCCCCAGGGAGUACUACGUGCAGCAGGAAGUCAUCGUGCUGUUCUGUGAGACGGUGGAGAGAGCCUUGGACUUUGGGUAUCUGACCCAGGACAUGAUCGAUGACUAUGAACCUGCUCUCAUGUUCACCAUUCCUCGGCUGGCCAUUGUGUGUGGCCUUGUGGUCUAUGCAGAUGGACCCCUGAACUUGGACCGGAAGGUGGAAGACAUGUCUGAAUUGUUCCGGCCCUUCCAUACCUUGCUCCGGAAAAUCAGGGAUCUGCUGCAGGCGCUGACUGAGGAGGAGCUUCACACACUGGAGCGGAGCCUCUGCGUUUCUCAGGAUGUGGAGCUCCCCAUCCGGGCGGACACCCAGGCCCCCAGCGUCCUGGCACCCACCUUUUCGUCAUCCCUUCCGCCUGAGGAGCCGCUCUCAGCCAGUGCCAACGACCCGGAGGCAGAACUGGCCUGCUCAAUGCAGUAUGAUGAUCAGGAGCUGGAGGAGCUCAGCCGCAUGGUCCACAGGGCCGGGGACGAGAUGUCAUCCCUGCUCUCACCACCCAGUGCCUGCCAGUCCCCAGCACACAGGCCAGGCUCAGAGGCCAGACCCCGAGGGGAAGCAUCUCCAGCCAGAGCCCACCUGAAAUCAGGUAGCGAUGAGGAGGAAAGGGUGUUCUUCAUGGAUGAUGUGGAAGUGACAGAGUCCCCUGCCAGGCCCGAGACCCCAGGGGACACAUUUGGGCUGACAGGUAGCAUGGAGGGUAGAGUUCAGCAGAGAGGACAGGAUGGCCAGAGCGGAGAGGUGGGGGUCGGUGCACCUGCCCUGCUAAAGGAGGAAGACUGGAGCAACAACAACGUGGAGGAUGACAAGAUAAAGCUGGCCAGCCUCGCGGGUUCCACUUCCUGCAGCUGCCUGGACUCACAGCUGUACGUGGAUGGCUGGGAGGUGAGCACGGAUGACGCGGAGACGGCCGAGAUGAUUGCACACCGGACCGGGGGCAUGAAACUUUCGGCCACAGUCAUCUUCAAUCCCAAGUCUCCCACCUCGGUGGACUCUGCUGUGUCAACCCAAGAAGCCCCAGGCCGUGGUAGUUCCCCCUUGGAGCCCGGGGCAGAGGGGACGGGGGACAGUUCACACAAACUCAGUGCUGCAGCCACCAACUGCCUCCUCCACUCCUGUGUGUGCUGUGGGAGCUGUGGGGACAGCAGGGAGGAUGCGGUGGAGCGCCUCCGGGAGAAGUGUGGCCCAGGAAGCGUCAUCAGUGCCUCUAACCCUUCCGUGAGCUUAGCCAAAGCUGGUGACAAAGAGCCGGAGAGACUAGAUGAGGCCUGGCCUUCUCCCGACGUCACCUCGCCUCCAGAAGAUGCCUCCAGCACGCGGGAGCCCGGAGCCCCUGCUUCUAACAAGUGCCUGGCACAUACCUCAGGGCCUCAGGUGGACACAGAAAGCAGGUUGCAAGGAGAGGGUGAAGUCAGAGGCCAGCCAGAGCUGGAGGCCAGAAAGCAGGAUCCUGAGAAGUCCCCUGUAGUCUCUGGGGACAGUCCAAGAGGGGACAUGGCCCAGACAGAACCACAGCACCUGUUGGGCUCCAGCUCUCCUGCUGGUUCCUGCUCCUUAGACACCACCAGACUGGAGGUGGCCCCUGCAGCCAUGCCUGUCACCCCCAUGGCCACCAGAGAGAAGAUCCGGUCCAGGUUCCACGGCAGCCAUGACCUGAUCCACCGCCUGUUUGUCUGCAUUUCAGGUGUAGCUGACCAGCUGCAGACAAACUAUGCCAGCGACCUGAGAAGUAUUCUCAAAACACUGUUUGAGGUCAUGGCCACCAAGCCAGAAACAGAUGACAAGGAGAAGCUAAAGAAGGUGACCCAGACCCUGAGGAGCGCGGCCUUGGAGGACUGUGCGUUAUGCCAGGAGACCGUGUCUUCCUCAGAACUGGCAGCCAAGACCAGAGAUGGGGACUUUGAAGACCCUCCUGAGUGGGUGCCAGAUGAGGCCUGUGGCUUCUGCACCUCCUGUAAAGCUCCCUUCACCGUCAUCCGCAGGAAGCAUCACUGCCGCAGCUGUGGGAAGAUCUUCUGCUCCCGCUGCUCAUCACACUCCGCGCCACUUCCGCGCUACGGACAGGUGAAGCCCGUGCGCGUGUGCACGCACUGCUACAUGUUCCACGUUACACCCUUCUACAGUGACAAGACGGGCAUGUGAGGCCGUGCCCAGCAUGUCCCGGCCGUGUAGGCUGGAGUCUAGGACGGAGGCGCUGCGCCUGCCUGGAGUCUAUCCAGGGUCUCCAGAAAGGAGGUGCUGUGCCUGCUGUGUGCCCUGUCCAGGCUGUGCUGCAAGAGGGCCUCAUUGCAUCCCAUCAAGCCCAGCUGUUGCAGGCCUGCCAGGUUCCAGAAUGCCCAGAGCCUUUGUCUCCCUGGCCUCUCCACUGCUGGAGACAGCAGUCCUGGCAUGCAGCCAAUGAGAGGUCGGCUUUAUUCAGAGAAGAGACCCCAGGGAUGCCCAGUUGCUCUUUCCGCAUCAGGUUACCUGGCCAAGCAGGGCUGAACUCUUUUCUCUUCCCCAUCGAAUGGCGCUUUGCUCCAGCUCUGCAUACUAAGGCAGAGAGGGCUAAUUCUCUGUGUUGGUAGCCAAGAA